AUGAAAUUGUUACGUGUAACGAAUUCGUGGUACAAGUAUAGGGGCGUUGGACUCACAGACCAGAUAUUUGAAAUAUUAACGAAAUCGUGUAGAAAUUUUAGUAACGCUGUAAGUACAGCGGGACAGGAAUGCAUUUUAGAUUCCUGCAGUAUCAGUCCAACAUGCAAGGAACCACGCGUUAUAAUUGUGGGCGCUGGAAUGGCGGGCUUGUCAGCUGCAAACCGUCUUACUCAAUGUGGCAUACGAAAUUUUAUAGUCUUGGAAGCUAAGGAAAGACCAGGCGGCAGAAUACAUUCGUGUUGGCUGGGUGAUGUAAUUAUUGAAAUGGGUGCCGAAUGGAUUUAUGGAGCUUGCUUACCUAAUUCUAUAUAUACAUUAGCAUCACAAGACAGACUACUACAAUCACCGUUACCGCGACUGGAUUCCACAAAAGGCUUAUUUUGCACCAGUGAGGGCCGUGCAGUUGAUUUACCUGUGACAAUAACAGCUUAUCAUACAUUCAGGCAAAUAGAACAACAAGCUGCAAACUUAUUUCGGUUAGGCUGUGAAAGGCAGCAUGGCACGCUACUUAAUUUUAUAGGUUUGCGUAUUCAACAGGAAUUACACAACUUUCCUGAAGACCAGAGGAAUGACGCGGCCAGGGUUAUGUUUGGAUUAACAAAUAUCCUCAGAAACAAAUGCGGGGAUGAUUUAUCACUUGUAAGUGCCGAUCAAUAUGGAAGUUAUAUUGAGCUACCCGGUGGCAGCGUACGGGUUCCAUUGGGAUAUGUUGGUGUUAUAGCACCAUUGCUGCGGGGCUUGCCCGACAAUUGUAUUCGCUAUAAUAAGUCCGUCAAUGUAAUUCGUUGGGGCAAAGGACAAACGGGAAGCGGUCGUGUUUUAGUCAAAUGCUGCGAUGGUGAAGAGUUAAAUGCGGAUUAUGUCAUCAUUACGAUAUCUCUAGGAUGUCUAAAAUGCCAAGCAGAUAAACUUUUCGCCCCACCACUCCCUACGUGCAAGUUAAGCGCUAUAUGUAGUCUGGGUUACGGCUUAAGUGACAAAGUGUUCCUGGAAUACGCUGAGCCAUAUUGGGUUUGCCAUGAAGGUAACUUGAAAUUAGCAUGGUCACCUGAGGAGCUACAAAGCAGAUGUGAUUGGACCCGAGGAAUUUGUUCAGUGGACGAAUUGCCUGGCAGUAAGCAUGUAUUGUGCGCUUGUAUUUCGGGACAAGAAGCCGCUGUAAUGGAAUCAAUGUCAGAUAACGAUGUUGCUGAAGGGUUGACAUGUCUAUUACGAAGAUUUACUGGUAACCCUUGUUUGCCAUAUCCUCAAAUGAUGUUGAGAUCCCGAUGGGCUUUGGACCCUCAUUUUUGUGGAGCUUAUUCGUAUAUGAGUUGCAGCUCUACUGUGAGCCACCAAUGUGAACUCGGUACUCCAGUGCCGGGCCCCUGUGACUCGCAACCUCCGAUACUUCUAUUUGCUGGUGAAGCAACAGUACCUGGUCAUUUCGCUACUGCGCAUGGCGCUAGAUUGAGUGGAGUUCGCGAAGCCGAACGUAUCAUACAAUUGACAAAAAAAUUUGAUGGUCCUCCGCGU